GGCAGAGGCAGCGCACUUCACUCCUCCCCAGAUGAGACCUGAGCACGAGGAGACUAUAACAGGAACCGCACCGCUGGAGCUCCAGAGACUCCGUUUGUUCUCGGGUCUGUCGGGGUUUUUUUUAAAUUAUUUUUAUUUAGUUGUUCCGUCACGCAAAGUUUUUCGCCCUCCUCUGCCUCGGCACAGGAGCAAAACCGACCAGACAGGGGAAAUCACUCACAGCUGUGCGUCAGGAACUCCUGCGUCCUCGGGAAACUAACGCUCGACCAAGGGGAGAGGGAGGGAGAGAGGGGACCUCUCUGUUGCCGUGGUGACAGAAGUGCGAACAGGAGGAACUUGUGUCAAAGAUUUCACCCUCAUUCCAAGUGCAGUUGUUACAGGCCGUCAUCUGGUGUCUAUGGCUUCGACUCUGAAGACAGACAUGAGGAAUAACAGCAACAACACCUGUGUGGACAUCAACGACACGACCUGGCUCAGCGACCUGCUGAUGGGAAUCUACAUCGUGGCGUUUAUCUUCGGCCUGGUCUUCAACCUGAUCGUCUUCGCCCCCAUCGUCCAGCAGAUCCGCCGCAAGAACGUCCUCGGCAUCUACCUGGUGCACCUGUCGGUGUCGGACCUCCUCUUCAUCGUCACGAUACCGCUGUGGAUCUUCUACUACCACAGCAACCACCACUGGAGCCUGCCCACCUGGACGUGCGACCUGGCCGGCUUCGUCUACUACUCCAACAUGUACAUCAGCAUCUACCUGCUGUGCUGCAUCUCGCUGGACCGCUGCCUGACCAUCAGCUUCCCGUUCCAGGCCAAGGUGCUGCGGCGCUCGCACUACGCCUGGGGCGCGUGCACGGUGGUCUUCGUGGUCAUCGCCGCGCUGCAUGCCGCCGUGCUCAACCUGGACAAGGAGGAGGUGUACGACAACGCGACGCGCCAGUGCUACGAGACCUACCCCAUCAACGACCGCAUCGCCCUCUUCAACCUGCUGCGCGUGGUCCUCGGCUUCGCCAUCCCCUUCGUGGUCUUCGUGGUGUGCUACGCGCGCAUCUGGACCGAGGUGCGCAACAGCACGGGCCUGGACGAGCGCGGCAAGCAGAAGGUCAAGCGGCUGGCCGUGGCGGUCAUCUCCAUCUUCUGCGUGUGCUUCUUCCCGUACCACCUGCUGCUGGCCACACGCUCCAUCGCCUUCUACGUCAUGGACCGCGCGAGCAACUGCGAGUUCGAGGGCCGGCUGCACUUCACCUUCGCGGGGACGUUGGCGUUGUCCAGCCUGAACUGCGUGGUGGACCCCGUGCUGUACAUGCUGGCCAGCAACGGCGUGCGGGAGGACAUGAGGGUCUGCUACCGCAGGAGGGUGGUCCAGUCUCAGCCCAUAUACACCGCCACCACCAAAGUAUAGCGGUCAGCAUCGCCAACCCACUGCACUGCGCUGGUUGCAUAAGAUGUGUGUUGGUGUGUUGGUGUGUUGUGUGUGUGUAUGUGUGUGUAUGUGUGUGUGUGUGUGUGUGUGUGUGUGUGUGUGUGUGUG